AUGGAGUUAUCUGAAGGAGAAAGGAUAAGCUUCAAACAAUCUUUGGCGUCAGUCAGAUGGAUUGGCUCACUUCCAAACAAAGAAGACACAUGGGUAGGUCUUGAAUGGGAUGAAGAAUCCAAAGGUAUACAAUUUACUAUAAUUAAAUGCAUUAAUAAGGCUAAUAAAAAUUAUUUUUAUUCAAAAUUAAUAGGAUAAACACUCAGGAGAACUUGAUGGCGUGAAAUACUUCACAACUCGACAUCCAAUGUGCGGGAGCUUUAUGAAACUUCCUGUCCUUCUUGAAGGCUUAGACCAAACUCAAUGUAUAAGUACUGCAAUUAUUGAUAAAUAUGCAGAUAGAACAGAGCAAGAUUUCUCGGAAUGCUAUGUCCCUACAGUCAAGAACCAAAGGAAAAACAUCGAAUUGGUGGGGACUGAAAAAAUCCAAGCAAGGCAAGAAAAAAUUGACAGGCUUAAAGAAAUUGCUUUACAGACCUCAAUGGUAAAAACUAUAGAUCCUGGCUUCGGAGCUCAUCUAAUCUCUUGUGAAUCAUUAUUGCUUGACAAAAAUCUGCUGUUUUCUUGGAAUCAAAUUGCCCAAAUUUUAAGUGAAAUUCCUAAUUUGAAGACUUUGAGUAUACCAUUUCCCACUUUAGCUGGCCAUUAUAGACCAUUUUUGUCCUUAAAAAAUAAAAAAUUAAUACUUUUUAUUACCCCAGUUCAAGUUAUAGCAUAUUUUUCGUCAGUUUGCUGGCUAUAGCAAUCUAUUAUAGAGGAAAAGCUAUAUUUCCCAAAACCGAAUCAAUCAGCCAUUAACAGUAUCAUUUACCCACCCUUUAAAAAUUUUGGUCUUGAAUUCUAUGGAUUUGGUAUGGGAAGAAGCUUUAACACUUAUCCCACAUCUUCCGUGCCUAGAAGAGCUUCACUUAUAUAAAAACAGAUGUAAUGUAAUUAGUAUAAAUCCAGAGCUUUUCAGCAAUUUAAAGCUGCUGAAUUUGCAAGAUAACCAAAUUUCAUCAUGGGAGAUGAUAAAUCAGAAUUGUUCAGGACUCCCAGCAUUAGAAAAAUUAAUUUUGAACCAAAAUCAGAUUGAUUACAUUUAUUACUCAGGCGGAUUUCCUCGGCUGGAAGCUUUGUCAGUUGAACAAAAUUGCUUGAAUAAUUGGAGAAGCAUUGACGAACUUUAUAAGUUCCCAGCUGGACUUAAAGAGCUAAGAAUUCAAGGAAACCCAGCUCUACAAGGCAACAUGAGGGUUAGUCUAUUGAGAUUUAUGGUUGUAGGAAGAAUCGGCACUUUAAAUGUGCUGAACGGGUCAGCUAUCAGACCUCAAGAAAGAAUCGAUGCUGAAAGAUAUUAUUUAAGGUCAAAUUAUGAUAACCCUGAAGCUACAUCUACACCAAGAUGGCAAGAGCUUGUAGAAAAGCAUGGAAACCCAGCUGAUAUCGCUACUAAAAUAUCUAGUGACCAAGAUAUGGCAAAGCAGACGUUAAUGAGCACCACUGCAAGUGUAAUGUUAAGGUCUUUGGUAAAAGCAACAGCAGGAAAAGAGCUACAGAAGAAAUUAUCAAUGAAUAUGACAGUCGCUGAUUUAAAGGUACUUUGUGGCAAAUUGUUUGGAGCUGAACUCAGUAAUAUGAAGCUCAGCUAUAGAGAAGGGAAUAAUAAAGAAGUGGUGGCGCCAGAGCCGUUGGAUGAUGAUUUGAGAACUCUAAAUUAUUAUAUUUUGAGUGAAGGUGGAGAAAUCUGGGUAGAAGAACAAGAAUAA